AUCAGUUGCAGUCGCGAAUUAGCGUCGCACAGACGCUCUGUCUCGCAUAAAUUUAAAUCUAAUCGCUCCUCCUCUCUGCCAACUCUGUCUCGCUCUCUCCCGGAAGUCCGAUAUCUACGAUAGCUCCGAUAAUUCCGAUAGUUCUUGUGGGUGGUGAAUCAUUCUUAAGCUAACGCUUCAAAAUGGUCCACUUGAAUGAGAAAAACGAGGAUCAGCUGAUGGCCAAACGGAUUUCGGAGCUGCAGGAGUGGCUCAAAUCGCAGCCGCAAUUGCCGCAGAAUAUAUCCCGUCUGCUUCUGCGCCGCUUUCUGCACACGACGCGCGGGGAUCCAUCCGCCGCCCAGCGCCUCUUGGAACUCAAUUAUGGACUGCGCAACAAACAUGCCCACAUCUUCAUCGAUCGCGAUCCCCUGGACGACAGCUCUCAGCAGCUUCUGCAAGUCGCAGAUCUGGUGCCGUUGCCCGGCUUGACCCCGGAGAACAACAAGCUGCUCUUCUACCGCCUGAUUGAUUUUGAUGCGGAUAAGUUCAACUUCACGGCUGCCAUCAAGGUCUUUUUUAUGGUGGCCGACUGCCGUUUUGCGACGGAGGACGAGGAGCGUUUGUCGGACGGGGAGAUACCCGUUUUCGACAUGGCCGGCUAUACGCUGCGUCACCUGACCAAAACCGCCCUGGGCGCCCUGCGCGUCUACAUGAAGUUCGUCCAGGAGGCGCAUCCCGUGCGGCUCAAGGAGAUCCACGUGCUCAACUGCCCCUCGUUCGUGGACAAGGUGAUGGCCGUGGUCAAGCCGUUCAUCAAGGGCGAGGUCUUCAAGCUGAUCCACUUCCAUUUGCCUGGUGCUGAGACCCCGUAUCGCCACUUUCCGCGCUCCAUGUUGCCGGAGGAGUACGGCGGGGAGGCGGGCAAAAUGUCCGACCUGAAGCUCCAGUGGAUGCAGUUGCUCAAGGAGCAGAGGGACUACCUAAUGGACUCGGAAAACUGGCAGAUAAACAAGGCCAAAAAGAACGGUCAGCGAAAGUCCAGUGAUGCCGGAGUUACUAAAAGUCUACGCACCCUCGAAAUCGAUUAGUCGUCGUGCGCACAACUGUACCUUAAUCAUUGGGCCUUAACCUAUUUUAGCUCUCACAUUCUUCGGGAUUUUGCCAAAGUUAAUUGAGUUUAAAUUGGAUUUUUAGCCAACUGAGUAUUUAUUGAAAAUUAUUUAAACCUAAAUUUUACUAACUUUGCUUUCUGAUUAAGAGAUUUAGAAGACAAAGAGUUUUAUAAUCCCAAAAUGGAACAGUGACCAAGAAUGAUUGGCAAAAUUCAAUUAGUCUGGAGGCACUUUCGCCGAAUCCUGUUGAAUGUGAAAAUCGGAUUAGGCCCGACCAUCUAUUGUCCUAUUUUUGUUUUGUUCUCGUUCCAUUUCCCAGCUGGGCUUGGGUCUAUGUAAAUAUAUGCUUAAAGUGAA